UCUACAACCAAAGCCACGAGUACAACAUAUCGAUACUAGCUAGCUAGUAGUACCGGAGCGUAGCAGCACGGAAGCACAGAAACUUGUUCUCGAAUGGCCAUUAUUAGGCAGCUGUGGAUAAACCUUCCUCGGGCUAUGUUUCUACUAGCUACUGGCUAGUAGUUAGUUGAAUGAAUGGAGACGGCAAGAUAGAUACAUACCGUACGGUACCGAUACAGCAGCAGUAUGAAACUCCCUCGUCCCUUCUCGUCAGCCCAAGCCGCCACCGCGUUGCCCAACUCGGUCUUUGUCUACGGUUCGCUCCUCUCCCCGCAAGUCGUCGAGGUGUUAUUAGGUCGCAUCCCCAAGAGCAUUCCGGCUCCGUGUCGACUCUACGGGUAUUCCCGCCAUCCCGUGAAGGAUCAAGUCUAUCCCGCCAUUAUUCCAGCAUCCUCUACAAGUACUAGUCUUGUCGAUGGUAUGAUUUGGUGCGAUCUUUCCGACCGCGAAAAGUCCCUGUUGGAUUGGUUUGAAGACGACGAGUAUCAACGAACCUCCGUCGUCGUGGAAACAUCCAAGGAGCUGCACUACUAUACUACGGAUGCCUAUAUUUGGGGCAAUCCAUUAUCCGAACUAGAUUUGGAACGAGAUUGGUCGUUUGAGAAUUUUUGUCAGCAGCAUUUGGAGUGGUAUCUAGCCCAUACCGUGCGGCCCUGUCGGGAGGAAUGGGACCGUGACCAAGACCUAUGA